ACACGUCGUGGAUCGAUUGUCAAAACCUAGACAUUUUUCUCGCCUCGUGCCGUGCGCGAGCAUUCAGUUUGUCAAAUCCACUCGUGCUGUAGCGAUCGCGCUGACCGUCAGCGAAUUUACGUAACGCUUUUUUGUUGUGCGACGUGUACCUGUGAAGCGUACACUGUGAUCGAACUGAUUCUUGUCCGUUUCUGUGAAUUAUUUAAUCGACAUCAUGCCUCGACGCGGACGAUCUCCGUCGCCAACGCCACGUGCGGCCCCAAUGGCUCGCCAGCAAUCUACAUAUGUACCGGCAAGGCAACCGGCUCCGGCACCAGCACCAACUCCUAGUUCUGUGCCGGCUCAUCCUCCAGCAGCAGCAGCAGCCCAGCCAAAACAACCUGGCCUUUUCGCACAGAUGGCAGCCACCGCUGGUGGCGUUGCAGUCGGUUCAGCUGUUGGACACGCCGUUGGAAGUAUGAUGACUGGAAGUGGUGGAAGUGCGCAGGCAGCCGCCCCACCAGUCCAAGAGCAAUACUCGAACUAUCGCAACACCGAACCGAGCGGUCCAUGCGCGUAUGAAAUCAAGAAGUUCCUCGACUGCGCCGCCUCCCAGAGCGAUCUCAAUCUUUGCCAAGGCUUCAACGAGGCCAUCACCGAGUGCAAGAUGCGCAACAAUAUACCUUAAGAUUGUUGCAUGCUGAUUGAACAGUUUGCUUGUACAAGCAAACAAAAUGAAGACGCGCACGAAAAAAACAAGAAAACUGAAACUUUACAAGCAUUAUUCUGAUUUAUCAAAUGUAUAAAUAUUUUGUAAACUAGAUAAAUCUUAUUUGUUGCACCAAAACCAUUGAAUUCUGUUUGUUUUACUUGUAAUUCAGUAGUAAGCGGUUGUAACUCUAGUUGUAACUCUCAAUAUGUAACUGUACAAAAAACAUAAAAAUUCAUAACGA